AUAGGUGAAUAUAAAUGAUAAAUACUUCCUCAUUGAUGUGAAGUCAUCCUUUAUUGUUGUAGCGUAAAAAUAUGGAAAAAUUUCAAAUCCUUGUUUCAGUUAUUUUUACUUUGUGGAAAUGUGAAGAGUUAACGAUGUUAAAUGUAACUUUUCACAACAUAAAAGAAUCAUGGAAAGAUGCUGCUAAAUUCUGUCUACAUAAAGGUGGAGUACUGGAAAGUAAUGUCACUUUAUUGAGGGAACAAGACGAAUUCAAAAACGCAACCGCUUACAUGUGGCUUGGCAAAUACAGAACAUUUACCAAUUGGACAUAUGUUAGAGGGUGUUUUUUAAUUAAUGGAAACUUCCAACACUUUGAAAUUGAACUUUCUAACACUGCGGAGCUGCAAUGCCAAAUGUUAUGUGAUAAAUACAAAUUUUAUAGUAUCAAGGGAGCAGAUUGUUAUUGUAUUGAGGAUAUAGAUUCAUUCGCUAGAAGCGCCAACUGUAAUUGUGUCGGCUGCUACAAAGUUUGGGAACAUCGACUUCCCGACUUUGGUACUGCAAAAAAGAACGAAAAAUGCAUCGCCGCAAUUCAAUGUGUCAGCAAUAAACUCAAACGUAGAUAUGUAAAGUGCGAUACAAAAUAUGAUGUUACCUGUGAUAAUGAUGCAGAACUUGGAUAUACAUAUGAUAACUACCAGGCGGUAGCAGAGGAAUGUGAAGGACAAGGCUCUUUUAUAAAAUGGUAUUCGGACAAUGUGUGUGCUAUACAAGGAUUUUCUGAACAUUGGACAAGUGGAACACGACAAAAUAAAAUUUUUCUUCUUAGAAAAGCAUACGUAACAGAAAACUUACAACCUGGUAAAUGUUUUAUAUUGAAAAAAGACAAAGACAGAGAAGAAAAGGAAAAUUGUAAAAACAAACACUUACCAUUUUUCUGUAGAUUCGAGAAGGAUGAGGAUAAAGGGGAUAUAAUUUCGAUUCCGAACCUUUCGAUGCCGCAGAAAAAUGUUCAGUCUGACGAUUUGGGAAGCAUAGCAGCUGGAACUGUAACAUCAAUUAUUGUUGUUAUUGUGGUGAUUUCAGUUCUCGUUUUCAUUCAUCGAAGAAGGCUGUCUAAAAAGACACCGACCCUUCACGAAUCACAAAAUAAUAGUCGUCUGCAAGAUACAGUGGGGUUGCCUAGUAACUACGAAACCUCUAAGGCUCCAGUAUACUAUGAAAUAGACGCUGAAAACUUUGGUCCACACAGUGGAAAGUUGAAUUGUUCUCGUGCAGUUAAUAACAUCACUUACGACCAGGUAAAUUCUUACAAGAUUCCGAAGUCGCAAAAUGUGAACCAAAGCACAAACAGUUCUAUUUUAACAAAUUUGAACUCCCUCGAGCUUCAAAGAAAUGUUGAUCCAGAUGAAUAUGAAAUGGCAAAGGUAAUAAAUGUAACCGGGAAUUCUUCUGAAGGUGUACAUUCCAGUAAUUAUUGUUUAGCAAAACCAAUUACAAGUAACACAGAAGAAGAAUCCGAUCCGUAUGACAUUAACAGAGACUACGAUCAUCUAAAUAACGUCAAGAAGAAAGAAGACCCGAUUACAAAAGUAUACGACCACCUACCAACAACUGUUACUGAUGACCCUACUUACGAUCACUCUAAUCUUAAGAGUGUUUUAGACAAUGAUGGCUAUUAUGAUCAUUUUACGAUUGACGGAGCAGAUGUAUGAUACAAAAGUUUUGUAUAAAGGUGCUUGCAUAUACACUUUCAAGGAUUUGACUUUCUAAAACUGUAAGAGUUUCUUACAUACUGAGUUUUAAAUUUGAACAGAUCUAUUAAAAAGAUGUUGUAUGAA